AAAUCUGGUAGUCUGUAUGAUCAAGACAUUUUUAAAAAUUUGACCAUUAAUUUUGUUUCUAAAUGCGCUCUAAGUUAUCAAAACUCUGAAUGAAUCAAAAUAUCCUGUUGAACGUAUUUUCGUGCUUUGUAAGUUGUUGGGUGUAAUAAUAAGAUGGACGUAGGUAGGUUUAGGUACAGCCCAAACACACGGACCGGAUUCUGGAAUGAAGCACUUAUCUUGGAAGAGGAAAAGAUAAAGUCAUUCUUGGAGAUGAGAGAUAGAGGAGAAUUACUUGUACAGAAGGCACGAAAAUUAUUCUGCAACCUUCUGAAAGAGGUGGCACUAGCUGUACCAAGUGAAUAUGUGAAGUUCGGAGAUGUUGUCCAGCUUGUGGCGCCAGAUAUGCCACGGAAGUGUCGCGGAACUGAAGGCGAACUCGGAGUAGCUCUUUCGGGCCUUGUUGGAGAGAAAGAAGUUGAUUCCAUACAGCAUUACGUCGAGGGUUCUGUGAUGAGUGGGUCUUCGCAUCUCACACCCUGCGUGCGCAACUCAUUUGUCAUCCGCAGCGGGGAUUGUCUCAAGCGAGAUGGAGAACCUUUGAAGUUCGGCCAGGAUUUCAACUUAUGUCCCGUGGUAAAUCUCUCAGGACACGAGCUAUACGUGCAGUCUGAGGUACGACGUUUAGACUCGCAAGUGGGACCGUCGGGGUACCCGGAGCUGAGCCUCACUUCGCAUCGGAACACGUACUGCCGCUGGCGAGCCCUCUGCUGGGACCCCUUGCAACGACCGGAAACCGAAGGCAGCCCCGUUCCUGUCAGUGUUAAACAUCUCGCAAAUCCUUUCUGUCCCAAUUGCAGACUCGUGAUAAACCAUGCACCGUCCAACAGAAACAUGGCUGUUGAACACCAACAUUGGUUCCAAACAUAUUUUGGGAUGGAAUGUCAAGUCGCCGUACAUACGUACAAAGACGUUCACCGACGUGAGACAUCUGAAAACGUGUGGAUGCUCGUGACACAAAAACCCAAAGACUUGAAUGCCACCGUUCAGGCCUGAAUUAUUUAUUUUAAGCAUCUCCGCGUCGAUACCUAUCCGCCUCCACCUCAGAAUGAAGAAAACCUUACCAACACACUACGCCAUAAAUAACGGAGAAAAUGUUGUUAAGACAGCAACAUUUUAACCUCCAGUAUGUACAGCUCAGCCAUGCCUAUUUACAGGACACAAACUACGCACCACGCACGCACGCACACCGACCUGACAAGUCUAUAUACAGAAAUGAGGCAUUAUUAGUAACAUUUCGAACACGCUGCACCAAAAUUUCAUGUGUGACGACUUGUAUUUUAAGUACAUAAUCUUAACUCAUCACGGGUAUGAUUUAACGUCUACGCCAUUUUUAUUUAUUGCCGGUAAACGACGUUCAUGUAAGUGAUUCUAAACUUAAGAAUGUGACGACAUGGCACUCUCUCUGCAUGAUCACACAGAGAAUUUAAAAUUAUUAAAAGUUUUCAUCUUGCUUUAAUAUUUUUAGUUACUUUGGUUGGAUUGCUUAUAAAUUCACAGUUAACGUUGUCUGUUGAACUGCUGGACUCCGCUCAUAAUUCUGUACUCAUUUCAUGAGUGACUUCCUGUACGCCAUUACUUGUGCUAGUCCGAUGCGUCGCGUUCGUAGCGAGACGAGUCCCAUCACUGCUACUGGCUGCCUUGCGUAUCGGUGAGCUAAAUUGUACCGGGUCCUGUGAUUCAUCAUCUUCUCGAAUAGUGGCUGUAUCAUUGGUCCAGCAAGAACCAAUCACCGUGCUUGUCUGCAAUAAGUGUAUCAUACCAGGUAUCAACAUACAGAGUGUUUAAACAGAGGAAACUAGCUGAAAAAUUAUGAAUUUAUAACCUCACUUUUAAACAACACAUAUGAUUAAAAUAAACAACAAAGCAUGAUUAAACAAUAAUUUAGUGCAUGCUGCAUGCAAUAUCAUUUCCAUAAACAAUAAGUUAACACCAGUGCUACAAGUUAACAGAUAAUGUUCUAAUUUAAUGGUCUGAGAAGGAAUUUUUUAUUUCAAGGUCAAAUAUCUGAGUAUAUGCUGUCUAAUUCUUUACAAUAAAAGAGUCACAUUAUUUAACACUGAAUGAAA